UUCAGAAGAUGGCGAGCCGACAGUCAGAGCCUGUCACCAUCCUCAGCCUCCGCAAGUUGAGCGUGGCUGUCCCAGAGCCACAGCCCAAAGCUCUUCCUCCCAUAGAAUCCAAGACGUUCACCGUGGAAGAAGCAGUAGAGACCAUUGGCUUCGGACGCUUCCACAUUGCCCUGUUCCUGAUCAUGGGCAGCACGGGGGUUGCUGAGGCCAUGGAAAUCAUGUUAAUAGCUGUAGUGUCGCCUGUCAUCCGCUGUGAAUGGCAACUGGAGAAUUGGCAGGUGGCCUUGGUGACAACAAUGGUGUUUUUUGGCUACAUGGUCUUCAGCAUCCUCUUUGGUCUCCUGGCUGACAGAUAUGGCCGUUGGAAGAUUUUGUUCAUCUCGUUCCUGUGGGGAGCCUACUUCUCCUUGUUGACCUCUUUCUCUCCCUCCUACAUCUGGUUUGUCUUCCUGCGGACCAUGGUGGGCUGUGGUGUGUCUGGCCAUGCACAAGGGCUAAUCAUCAAGACUGAAUUUUUACCCACCAAAUAUCGGGGCUUCAUGCUACCAUUGUCUCAGGUCUUCUGGCUGGCCGGCUCGCUGCUCAUCAUCGGCCUGGCCUCUGUGGUCAUCCCCACCAUCGGGUGGCGCUGGCUCAUCCGCAUCGCCUCCAUCCCUGGCAUCAUCCUUAUCCUCGCCUUCAAGUUUAUCCCUGAAUCCGCUCGCUUCAACGUCUCCACUGGGAACACCCAGGCGGCCCUGGCCACUCUGCAGCGCAUCGCCAGGAUAAACCGCUCGGUCAUGCCAGAGGGGAAGCUGGUGGAGCCUGUCCUGGAAAAGAGAGGACGAUUUAUGGACUUAUUAGAUGCCAAGUAUCUACGAACCACACUGCAGAUCUGGGUCAUAUGGCUGGGCAUUUCUUUUGCCUACUAUGGGGUCAUCCUGGCCAGUGCAGAGCUGCUGGAGCGAGACCUGGUCUGUGGUUCAAAAUCCAAGUCUGACACGGUGGUGGUUGUGGGGGACUCGGAGGAGAAUCGGAGCCCCUGUUACUGCCACAUGUUCGCCCCCUCUGACUACAGGACCAUGAUCAUCAGCACUGUGGGCGAAAUUGCUUUGAAUCCAUUGAAUAUCUUGGGCAUCAAUUUCCUGGGCCGGCGGCUCAGCCUUUCCAUCACCAUGGGAUGCACAGCUGUAUUCUUCCUUCUCCUCAAUAUUUGCACGUCCAGUGCAGGCCUGAUUGGCUUCCUCUUCAUGCUGAGGGCCUUGGUGGCUGCCAAUUUCAACACCAUCUACAUUUAUACUGCCGAGGUCUACCCCACAACGAUGCGUGCUUUGGGGAUGGGAACCAGUGGCUCGCUGUGCCGCAUCGGAGCAAUGCUGGCGCCGUUUAUAUCCCAGGUUCUAAUGAGUGCAUCAUUUUUGGGAGCCCUGUGUCUCUUUUCAUCUGUCUGUGUGCUAUGUGCCAUUUCUGCAUUUACACUCCCCAUUGAGACCAAGGGGCGGGCCCUGCAGCAAAUCAAAUGAAGAUCUGUACUGCUGUGUUGAAGAAAAAUGCCUCCCCCUCCCUUUUUUUCAACAGACUUGCAUAUCUUAACAUUCUACUUC